AUGUCUAAGGCACCUAGUACACGUCUCCCGGUGGGAAACAAGGACUUUACCAAUGCGACGGUAGUCAUUAUCGGGGCCGGAAUAUCUGGAAUGUGCAUGGCUAUUGAUUUGAUCAAGCACAACAAAUGCCGCAACUUUGUGAUUCUAGAGAAAAGUAGCAGUGUGGGAGGAACUUGGAACGACAACAGAUACCCCGGUUGUUGUUGCGACGUCUGGAGCAGUCUAUACAGCUAUUCCUUCGAGCAGAAUCCCGGUUGGUCGCGCGAGUAUCCAGGACAGGAAGAGAUUCAUGCCUACCUCAUUAGCGUCGCGCAGAAAUAUGGACUCUACAAUCAUAUUCGGUUCAACUCCACAGUGGAUGAAGCGCGUUGGGAUGAUGCCGAGUCGAAAUGGAAAGUUAGCGUCAAGGUCUCCGGAGCCAAGGACAGCGAAUAUGCAAACUCCUACCUCAUCAACUCAGACUUCUUGAUCUCUGCAGUUGGACAACUCAAUCUUCCACGGGAGCCGAAGAUUCCAGGCCUGAAAGACUUUCAGGGCAAGAUGAUGCACUCAGCUCGCUGGGACUGGAGCUAUGAUCUUUCGGGGAAGCGAAUUGCCGUCAUCGGAAACGGAGCCACAGCCGCUCAGAUCAUCCCAGAAAUUGCCCUGGAGGCAUCCCAUCUCACUGUCUUCCAACGAACUCCCAAUUGGCUCAUCCCCCGUCAAGAUGCCCCCGUUUCCACCUUGCAAAAGGCGCUAUUGACCUACAUUCCACCCCUUCGCUGGCGCAAGCGAGCCCUGCAGAUGGACUUUCGCGAGUCGUUCCAUAGCGCUAUCUUCGAUGGGAAUUCCGAUUUCGCUCAACAAAUCCGCACUUGGUGUACGGAGAUGAUGCAAGCCCAAUUGGCUCAUAAGCCUGAAUUAUGGAAUACUUUGACACCCAAUUAUUCCCCCGGCUGCAAGCGAGUCAUCAUCAGUGAUGAUUACUAUCCUGCUCUAGGUCGCGACAAUGUUGAUCUAGAGACAGGGCCCAUCACCUGUAUCACCGAGAAAGGAAUUGAAAUUGAAGGCAAGGGUGAACGAGAAUAUGACCUCAUCGUGCUAGCGACUGGAUUCCAGACCGUCGACUUUAUGUACCCCAUUCAGGUCUAUGGUGCAAAUGACCGAUCCCUUGGAGAUAUCUGGAAGAAUGGAGCCAAGGCUUACCUGGGCAUGACGGUCGAGGAUCUGCCUAACUUUGGGAUGUUCUACGGGCCGAAUACCAAUCUUGGUGAGAGUUUCCUUGCGCGCGAUAAAUGUCUGGCUUUUAACUGGGUGAUAGGACACAAUUCCAUCAUUCUUAUGAUCGAAGCUCAAUCCCGAUACCUGAAUGCCAUGGUCAGCGAAGUGAUCCGUGCUCGGCAGCAGGGUAAAACGCUAUCACUCAAACCGACGGAGGCUGCCAUAAAAGACUAUAAUGAUCGGAUCCAAGCACUACUACGAAGAAGCAGCUUUGCAGAUCCUAAUUGCAACAGUUGGUACAAAACAGACGAUGGUAUAAUCACCAACAACUGGUCGGGGACAGUCCUGGACUAUCAAGGGGAACUGUCGAAAGUGGAAUGGGCGGAUUAUAUUGCACAGGGCUCUGGACAUGAUCUCGUGAAGAAGAAGCCAACCCAUAUCGGGCGUGUUUGGGAGGAAACAUUAUUUAGUAAUACUUCAUUGUUGGUUGGGGCUCUUGGGGCGGUGGCUGUGGCAGGGGGGCUACUUUGCUCGGUCUAA